AUGCGAUCUUUGGUUCUGUCGACGGUCCGGCCGCAGCUGCUGCUGCUGCUGCUGCUGCUGCUGCUGCUGCUCGCUGUGGAGGGUGCCGUGCGGGCGGAGCCGACGGUGACGGAAAAGGUGUACUUCGACGUCACCAUCGGCGAUGAGCCGGUGGGCCGCAUCGUGAUUGGUCUUUUCGGCAAAGAGGCCCCCAAAACCGUGCAGAAUUUUAAGCAGCUUGCGAGCGGCGAGAACGGUUUCGGCUACAAGGGAUCCAUCUUUCACCGCGUCAUCCGCAACUUCAUGAUUCAAGGCGGUGACUUCACAAAUUUUGAUGGGACGGGGGGAAAGUCCAUUUAUGGUGCGCGCUUCGACGACGAGAACUUGGGCAUCAAGCACUUCGUGGGCGCCGUCUCCAUGGCGAACGCCGGGCCCAACUCGAACGGCUCACAGUUCUUUCUGACCACGGCUCCCACACCCUGGCUUGACGGCCGGCACGUCGUCUUUGGGAAAGUUGUCGAUGGCAUGGACGUUGUGAGGAAGGUGGAGAACACCAAGACAGGCUACAACGACCGACCAACGAAGCCAGUGAAGAUCGCUGACUGUGGCGUAUUGUAG